CAAGCGAUCAAAGCAGUUAGUCCACUAUCGCCUGGGCACCAAACUUCACCGAGAUCCAGUUAGGCGCACAUCUUACUGACCUCCGAUUACAUUCUGUUCCUGGGGCCCCUCCAAUACUUCCUUGGUCUCCCUCGUGUCGGGCAGAGCUGGAGGCACCAGAUUUAACUGACUAUAAGCGCUCCAUCGGAAACACGAGCAUGACCAGGCCGGUGAUGAGGUCGUCAGCUACACGGCGCCGUUGCCAAUUGGGUGCCUUGGCUCUACCACAUUCAAGUUAGUGCUUACGACGUUACCACUGCCAGCUCAGAAAACGCAGCCAAAGGGACCUCCUCCAACGACUUCCCUUGGACAAACCACCUUUCACUUCAGUUUCUCACCAACACAGCACGUUCCAAACUAUGGACAAUGACUCUCCAGCCCUGCAACGCCAGGCUGUGCCUUGGUCACUGUCGACAUGGUGGGAAGAGUCACCUUCCUCAAGCAACACCCUGAUAUCCCGCGCGCCUCUUCCAGACACGAGAUGCGAACAGUGCGAGGCGGCUAUAAGCAAACCGAGGCGUCUUCCCCCCAGGGUUGUCUUGAGAGUUGCGCGUGCAUCUCCCGAUACCUGCUGGCAAUGCCGCAUUCUUCUGGCACUGGCUGAAAGGAGGCUGGGAAGACUCCUGCGCAUUGACGAAGUGCUUGAAGUCGUGUGUGCGUGGAAACAUCGUCACAAAAUUAUGAUCCUGUAUCUUGGCACUGGAGGUGGAGAGGAGGACCGACUUGUCAGUAUCUCUUCGCUUAAUGGUCUUCCAUGUCCCUGGAACACCUUCGACGCCAGACAGCAUACCACUUCCGUCGCCCAUACGCUAGCCUCCCACUCUUACAAGGUAGCCUCCUCCUGGCUCGAAACGUGCGUGACCGACCACCCGGGUUGUCCUGGCAUGGAAGAAACUCUACUCCCGCGCCGAGUCAUCCACAUCGGCGCCAACCAUACCGACAUCCGUCUCGUUGAACACAGCUCCUCAACUCUGGGCCGGUAUACCUGCCUCAGUCACUGCUGGGGAGGAGCACAGCCGCUAACCACAACCACCCACAACAUCGCGCAACACCUAGAGCGAAUCGAAUGGAACAGCAUUUCCAAAACCUUUCAAGACGCCAUCAAGUUUACCGCCCAUCUCGGAAUUUCGUACAUCUGGAUUGAUUCUCUAUGCAUCAUCCAGGACUCUCCCCAAGACUGGGUAGAGGAGUCGGCCAAGAUGUGUAGCAUCUAUGAGAACGGGCAUCUCACCAUUGCAGCCUCUGCUGCCUCGAAUGGCAGCGGUGGUCUACCAAUUCGCGACUCCUCCGGCUUCGUUCGCCUUAGCGGCACCACAUCCUCUCCUGGAAGCAAACCUUUUGACAUAAUAGGUUACUUCGAGCUAGGCGGCAUAGAGGCUCGCGACCACCCCUCCCCAACCAACCACCGUACGCCUUUGUAUUCCCGUGGUUGGGUCCAUCAAGAAAUGCUCUUGAGUCCGAGAGUGGUUCAUUUUGCCAAGAAAGAACUGCUGUGGGAGUGUAAAACGGUAGGGACGUGUCAGUGUCCUCAGCCACCCACAUUUCGAAGCAUCUUCUUCAAGGAGAGGAACAUCUUCUUCAAGGAGGGGCACUACGAGGCGCUGAAUUCCCCCAGACAGUCUAGCGCUCGAUUAGCAGGCGAUCUUCUGGCUCGCCAAUGGCACAAGAUCGUCGAGUCAUAUUCCAGCCUCCAUUUGUCGUUCCCGGAGGACAAAUUUCCUGCUCUAUCUGGGCUAGCCCAACAGAUGAGCAAGAGGCGAGGGCAUGAAGUGCGGUACCUAGCCGGCCUUUGGAGUGACUCCCUCCUGACAGAUUUGCUAUGGAUCGCGCCGUACAGGUAUUUGUUGGAUCCGCAAUCAAUUGAUGGUAUCCUACGAGGCAAGCACGAGUGGCGAGCACCCAGCUGGUCCUGGGCUGCUCGUGAUGUGUCUGUUUUUUUUCCCCGAACGGGGGCGGAAAAGAAUGGGUCUACCUGUGAGGUUAAAGCACUGUGCAACAUUGUCGGCGCGGAGACUACGCUGGCUACUACGGAUAAAACAGGCCGUAUUUCAGGCGGGCGGUUGGUUGUCAGAGGUAGAUUAUUUGAUGCCAGUCUGUACCGGGACAUUGAACCGUCUGUUACAAGGGGCGGAACGGCGGAAACCAAGGCUACCAUCACAUUGAGCGUUCAGGUUUCCAUGGACCUGACAGGCGGCGUCAAGACUUUCAUCUCAUAUGCCCUCGAACGCGGAACCUGCGUCAUCUUGAUGACUCAGUCCGACGCCCAAGGGCUCAACAGCUCGAAGCCAGAUGAACUGGGGAUUUUGGUCAAGGAGGGAUUCAAUCCUGACCCGAUGGCCGAGCUUUUGUCCAUGAAGAGGACUGAUAGUAGGGAAUAUAUGGGGAGUGAUAUCAAGAUAUUGAGGAUGGCAAGGGUGGGGAGGAGGAUGCCUGCUCCCGAUGACAAGAAAUGGUUGGCGGAUAUGGAGUAUGCACUGGUUUUGCAAGGCAUUUCCACUGGACCGAUGGACCCUGACGGUGCUGAGGCGGCAAGGACCUACAGGCGAAUCGGCAUCAUUCAUCACGGACGUGAGGGCUACAAGGGGGUGGAAAAUGCGAGGGAGGAUUUCUGGGAGCGCUAUCCGAGUUGCUUCGAGGAGGGCGGAAGAGAGGAGACCAUCACUCUUGUCUAGACUGGUACAGCGCCGCAGCACAAUGGAGGAGAGGGAUGGUUAAAGAUCCUUGACAGCGAGCUGCAAGGUAUAUAAAGUAGUCGUCCAUGAUGAGCUUCUCAUCUUGGCCACUGGCUCACCUCCACUUCCCUUUCAUACCUCUACAGCCCAAAGCGGGAAUCCUGAGAUGCUCUCCCGUCUCAUGAGCAUCACACAUUGCACAGCGUCGCGACUGUGAAACCACGAGAUCCACGUGUUUGGUUAACGGUCGACGAGCGGUGUGUUCCUCGUUUAGGAGGUCCUGCGCGUGGCCAUUCGAGGAUACCAUGUCGAGGCGGCAAUCCGUCAGUGUUGGUUUCACAGCUGGGCCCAGAUAGGUAUGGAUGCCAUGUGACUGAUAAAUGGUGUUGCACUCCUUCUCCUUUGCCUUCUUGUUCGGUAUACCAUCUCCAGGACAGCUCUUCACAGGCCCACUGAAAACCUAAAGCUUCAAGGCCAACCUCCUGAUGGCCGCGUUCGUCUACACUACACCUUCGCAGGCAUCUACUUCGUCAACGCGGCGACUUGCAUGUGACAAUACCAAUCAGCCCAAAAGAAGAUGAUUGGUGCCUAUUUAUGCUCGCUGCCAACCAGUCAAAUUCUGUGAGGUGGCCGUAACACGCUAACCCAGCAGGUUCCGGCAGAGACACCAAGAAAGUCUAAGGAACCGGCAAAGAUCGCCAUUCUCUUCGCCUAGUCGGCAUCUAGAAGACGGACAUUGCACGUUGAUUGGCGUGCGCGAUGCCUCGUGGUCUCACCAACCAUCUUGCAUCCGACCUCCAAGCAAGGUUCCCCCGCAUCCUCGGUGAUACCCUCCGGAUCAUGCGGCGACCGGGUCACGAACCCCUUGUGAUUUGCUUCCCCAACGACAUACAGACCAACGGCGUAACAGGUACGGAUGAAAAUAGGUAGCAGAUAGCAUUGGAUGUGUUGCACAUCAUGGCAUUCAUCGACGAUUCUACUUGGCCAGAC